AUGGGUGCAUUGGGCUCUCCAUUGUUCCCAAACUUUGGGUGGGAGUCAACGGGAGAGUACGAGAGCUACAACAUUGUCGGAGAUAACAAUAGCAAAGAGUUGCUUGACUUUCAGGUACCGAAGACGUAUGGAAUGGUUCAUCGUCAGACCAGCUUAGGGGUUACUGUUUCGUCGGAGGUAAAUGGAAUAGACAACAAUUCAAUCGUUAUCAAGAAGCUUAUUCACAAUGCUAAUGAGCGUAACCGUCGCAAGAAAACCAACUCUUUGUUCUCAACUCUUCGUUCAUGUCUUCCAGGCUCUGAUGAGCGGCUAAGUAAUCCUCAGACGAUUUCGCGGAGCAUGCAGUACAUACCGGAGCUGAAAGAGCAAGUGAAGAAGCUAACACAAAAGAAGGAAAACCUCUUGUUGCGAAUAUCGCGUCAAAGAGAACGUUACGUUAUGCCGCAGCCGAAGGUGGUUUCUAGUUAUGUCUCCACCGUUUUUGCGACUGAGCUUAGAGACAACGAAGUGAUGGUCCAAAUCUCAUCGUCCAAAAAUCAUAAUUUUUCGAUAUAUAAUGUGCUGAGUGGACUAGAAGAAGAUGGGUUUGUUCUCGUGGAUGUUUCAUCUUCAAAUCCUCGCGGAGAACGACUCUUCUAUACUUUGCAUCUUCAAGUGGACAAGAUUGAUAAUUACAAGCCAAUUUGCGAAGAGUUAAAGUCAAAGAGUUUUGUUCUUGUAUGA